AUGCUAGCGCCAUAUGUGGAGAUAGCACAGCAGAUACUGGAGUGUGCUGAUUUUAUCAGCCAUUACUCUGAGACGAAGAGUGCCUGGAUCAGACUUGGCAAGCACGUUUUCGAUGAAACGGACACCACUAUCCAGAACUACAAUAAUGUCCUGGACAAUCUCAUGCAGCAAUUCCGAGACCGGACAGCUCGUGAUACCGUUGUGAUCGUCCACCAUAUGGAUAUGACCGAGAGUUUGGACCUCGUAGGCAUGGAGUACGCAACGGGCGCUGGAUUGAAUACGUCUAAAUGUUGUUUUCCAAAUACUCAACUGCAACCCUAUCGUGUGGCGAGCCUUGGUGCAGGCAGUUCGUGA